AAAAAAACCUAAAUCAAUAAUUCGCGAUAUUGAAUUCGAAAAAAAAAUGACAUCUCCUGUUAUGACGACGGGUGGUAUCCAAGUAUAACUUAUUCGCGGUCGUCAUGUUAUAGUGGGAAAAUGGCUGACUCCCUUCAAAACUGUAUGAGAUUUCAAAAUACAGCUAAAAAACAUCUAACUUCCACAGGAAAAUCUCAUCGUUUCAUUCCAAGUAUACCCCAAGAGUUUGAUUGCAGAGUUAAAACACAUAUUAAACCUGAAUCUCUACAGAAGGAUCUAACUAUUAAAGAUGAAGAGUUUAAAACGGUGUAUUUUGAGGAGUAUCCCAGAAAAAUCAUUGUGCCUGAACAGGGGUACAGACCACCGCAGUACGAUUACCUACAAUAUUUACGAAAUGUGGAAGAGCAGUUACUCGUUAAUCCCCCAGCUCCAAUAGCAUUCCAACUUUCAGAAAUGAAAGAUUCGUUUAGAAUGAAUUAUCGGACACCUAAAUUCGACGAAUGUAAAGCACCCUGUGAACUGGCCAGAUGUUAUAUUACUAAACUAGGUGUUGAACAACAACCUGCUAUUCCACCCCAUGGUAAAGGUUUUUGGAAAUGGACAGAUCCAUAUUUAACAGUCUCCAAGUCUACACAUAUACCUUUCCCCCUAGUCAACGACAAGUUAAAUGAAAAAAUUAUCACCCUCUAUAACGAAUCUGAAUUUGAUUUACCUCCUCCUUCUGGAAAUAAAACGAUGUUUGACAAGUGUACAUUUAAAAAUAUGUUGCCGGUUAGACUACUUGCGAGAUCUGUGAAACGUGUACCUCAUUUUGGUAUGCAUUCGGAAUAUCAGGAUCAUUACGUGAAACAAACAUUUUCAUAUUUACAUCCAUAUUUGGAAGAUCGCUGCACUGAAUUUGAAGAUUCGCUGCCUGAAGCAAAUCGAUGGCAAAAUUUAUCACCACCGGGAAUGUAUUGCACCGAAUAUUGUAAUAUUGGAGGUCCCUCUGUUAGAUGCACAGUGGAUAUAGAAAGAAUCAAGAAAAAAGCACGUGUUGAUUCUGAAAACUGUUGUCGCAUCUAAUGCUCUAAUUUUCAGCAAAUAAAGAAUUCUAUUUCUAAAUAA